AUGUCUGCUGCGAAGAAGAGGUCUAAAAAGCCAAAGCACCAGUCUGAUCCGCAGUUUAAUUUUCUUGAAAGAAAGACAAAAGCUACCCUCGGGAGUCGUCAGAAGAAAAGGUUGAAGAAGAGGCUUCUUUCUAGCAAAGACUCCGUACUAAAACCUCCCGAGAAUCACAAGUCGGAGAAAAAUUUGGGUGGAAAUAAGUCAUUAUUUCAUCCUGAUGAAUUACUGGAAGAGAUUGACGAUUUUGUAGACUCUAGUGGGAAAGUCAAGGGCUUUCUCAGUGAUGAAGAAGUCGAUAAAGAAGACCCUACCCCCAUGGGGGAGGAUGGUUUUGAGAUCGUGGAGAAACCUAGUAAUGGAAAUUAUUCGGAGCCUGAAGACGUUGCCACAAACAUUGGGGUCUCUGAUCUACCAUCCGCCCCAACUUAUGACAUGACGUUACUGAACCAACGCAUCAGAGAUUCCUUACUUAUUCUUGGUGACUUUAAAACUCGUGCUCCCCCUGGCUUAACGCGUAAAGCUUGUGUCGAUUCACUUCUGAACGACCUAUGCCAGCGUUAUUCGUACAGUCGCUUGAUGAUAAACAUACUUUACGAUCUGUUUCCCAAAGAGAUACUCGAAGUGGUAGAGGCCAACGAAACUGAUCGUCCUGUUACUAUUCGAACCAAUACUUUAAAAACGCGACGGCGAGACCUAGCUCAGGCCUUAAUUAAUCGCGGUGUCAACCUAGACCCUUUAGAACCGUGGAGUAAAGUUGGGCUUGUAGUUUACUCUUCCCAAGUUCCUCUCGGUGCCACACCGGAGUAUCUUGCUGGCCAUUACAUUCUCCAGGGUGCUUGUUCUAUGUUACCGGUUAUGGCACUGGCACCCAAACCGGGUGAGCGAAUACUCGACAUGUGUGCGGCACCAGGUGGGAAGACUACUUACAUUGCUCAGCUAAUGAAGAAUACGGGCUCCAUUUUUGCUAACGACGUGAAUGCGGAAAGAGCCAAGGCCCUCCUUGGUAACUGCCAUCGUAUGGGUGUGGUUAAUACGGUGGUUUGUGUGGAGGAUGGACGAAAGUUCCACAAUGUUAUGUCUGGCUUCGAUCGUGUUCUCCUUGAUGCGCCUUGCUCCGGCACCGGGGUUAUUGCGAAAGAUCCCUCUGUGAAGACCCAUAGGAGUGAUGAAGAUAUCAAGCAGUGCGUGAUGCUGCAGAAACAAUUGAUCAUUGCAGCGAUUGAUUGCUGCAAAACCGGUGGCUACAUCGUUUACUCAACUUGUUCCAUCACCGUAAACGAAAACGAAGGGGUGAUUGACUAUGCCCUCCGUAAGAGGAAAGUUCAGUUGGAGGAAACCAAUUUGUUCGGGGAAAAGGGUUUCACAAGUUUUAAGGGACUACACUUUUCACCGAAGAUGAAUCGGGCACGACGCUUCUAUCCACACAAACAUAAUGUGGACGGCUUCUUUGUAGCAAAACUGAAGCGGCUGGAGUAA